AAAAAAUACUACAAAGUCCCACUAUCCAUCCAAUACGAAAAAGAAAUUGAAGAAAUAUUAUCUGACUCGUUUUAACACAUGUCGAAAGCCAUAUUUAUUACUCUUUUUACAAGCUAAGAGCACUAGUGGAGCGAUCUAUGGGCUUCGGCAGUUUACCAACACGACAAUGGCCGAACUGUCUGCUUCAAGAUAUUUUUUAUAGGCCAAUACGAGCAAACCUGCCAUGUCUUUGGUUUUAAAAAUGGCGUAUACAAGCUUUUUGUUUGCCGGUUUACGCUGUUAAAUAGUUUCUAUGACCUCGCGGUCGAUCGAGCGAGAUUGAAACGUUGUGAAUAUGAAAAUAAUAUACAUGUGUACGUAUAUUAAUCAUCACUGUGGACCCCGUGAAGAAAUUUUAGUAGCGUUAUGGUGAAUUAGAAUGGUGCCUGUGGCUUGUCAAUCUCGCACGUCGUCAGGUUACCCGUUCGUAACGUAAAUAUCACCCAGCGAGCGUUUUGUAUUUCAGACAUGACAGCGUCGCAAAACAGUAGAUAAUGGAGAGUUCGGAAGACGAUGCGGGCGCCGCGACGAACGCUUCCCGCCGUGCAUCGGCGCGGGAAAAGGACCUCGGGCUCAACGAGGAGGUCGACGCGACCGCCAAUGCGUCUCGAGAAGCAUCGGGGGCCCAAACGCCGUGCGAGUCCGGAACGAUGUCGGAGGAUAACUUCGACGGCGACAGCGUCCCGUCGCCAUCGACGCACGACAACAAUGCGAGCACGGAAGCGAUAUUGGACAUGAUUGACGAAAUUUGUGACGGACCUGGUGCACCGAAACGAGUUCCAUUGUCGACUGAAUGUGACGAACCUGCAACUUCGCCACCCACGCCUGCCGCACCGCCGGCCCCGAGUGAGCCUCCGCCGCUGGAGCCGCCCGCCACUGAACACCUAGCACAUCAUAGCAUUCCUCAACUAGAGGAAAAUGCUAGUACAUCACAGAACACUGAAGACCCACUAGUUGCCCCGGUGUUAUCCCCAGUCUCUAGUGCCCAAUGUGAAAGUGCACCUGAGGUCUUACCUGCAACCCAUGUAGACAACAUAUCUGAAAGUUCAGUUUCUGCAGACACAAAUACCAGUAAUAUAGAACUCCAGGCUAGUUCAUCUGUGCCGGAAGUCUGUGGACCUGCAGAUACAGAUGCCCCGGAGGCACAAAAUUUGAAUGUAGAGGCAGCUAGCACUUGCUCAGCUGUAAAUAUUCCUUCCAGCAGUGUAGAAACUGUACCGAGUGUUUGUGAGAUUAGUGAAUGUGAAUCAAAUGACCGGACAGUGAAACAUGUGACUUCCAGUGAUAACAGUGACAAUGUGACUGUUGAAAGUGUGGAGUCUACAUCGAGUGAUGUUAGUGUAAGUGAAGGGACACAGGAGGCUGCUACAAGGUCGCCUUUGCGCCGCAGACUUAUUCGGCCGACUCCAUAUGAUCGCCGUCCGGACACUACUGUCUCUUCUACUGUUGAUUCCCAAGUUAGUGAUAAUGAUGUUGGACAGACAAGCAGUGAGAGUGUAGCAAAGGAUGUGUCUAGUUCUUCAGACAUCAUCCCCCCUGUACAUGGUAAUGUAAAAGAUGUUGAAAGUAGCAAUGUAAGUGAAAUUAGUGUCUGCAAAGCAGAGACAUCAACAACUCCUUCUAGGAAAAUCAGGUUAGUAAGACAGAAAGUUACACCAUCAACAAGUCAGACUGAAAAUUCACAAAGUCAAGCAGGUACACAUGAGAUUGAGGCUCCAUCAACUUCAUCACCUACUGUACCGUCAACAGUAACAGCUUCAUGUUCUUCAGACUGCAUUAGUACGACUGAAGUUACAGAUGAAGUAGAUAAAGCAGAGCCCAGUCAAGCUUGUCAAUCACAAUCCGUUAUUGCGGAAUCCAUUGCGGUACCUAUCAAUAAAUUGACAAACGAAACACCUGUUGUGAGUAAAGAAAAUGAGCAACAAAGCCACUCCUCAGCGGCAUCAACACUACAGGUCUCGGAAAAUGAGAAUGUUCAUAAGAAAGUUCCUCCUAUUAAACUUAAUUUGGCUGUGUCAAAUGUACCAGAACCAGUCAUUAAUGAUACAAACAAACAAAUUGAAAAACAUCCCAUUCCUGAACCUGCUCAGGAUUCACCAGAGACAUCAAAGCAGAUCCCUAAACUAACUAUAAAAUUAAGUGGAAAGCAACCAGAAGACACAAAGUCUCCCAUACCUAAAUUGACUAUAAAACCCAUAAAGCCUCCUACUGAAGAUGAGCUAAAAACAGAAAACUCCAAAAAUAGCGAGCCAAUACCUAACAUUACAAAAAUUAAUAUUAAACCUAUUCUCAGACCACCAGUGAAGGUAAAUGACAUUCACCGAAAAUCUAGUAGUAGUGAAAUAUCUGAAUCAGAAUGUUCAGAAAAUGAUGAAACAAGCACAUCAGAUCAGGCAUCCACCUCAGAUCAAGGACCUACUGACAUCAUACCAAAAGUUACCAUAAAGCUUGGUAAACCGGGAACUGAUGGUGAGGGAAAGUUCUAUACAGACCAAACUGUACCUAAGCUCACAAUAAAAGGUCUACAGCAACCUGACCAGGGAGCCUCAGAUUCGAAACUAAAGUUAGUUUUUAGCCCAUCAGAAGAAAAAGUGGACAAGAUACCGAAAUUGACAAUAAAAUCUGUGGCUAAGUCUGACAGCCAACUAAGCCCAAAGCUGACAAUUAAACCUAUAAAGCCUGUAGAAAAUUCUGGCAAAGACAGUACAGCUGAUCAUUCUGAUACUAAAAUGUCUAAGAGUAAGUCAGCAGAUUGUGCUGAUACUAGUGGAGAAAUUAAAGAGACUACACACAUCCCCAAAAUUACAAUUAAACCAGUUCUUAAAAGUGAUAUUGAGUCUCCUAAAAAGUCUGCAUCAAAAUGUGACAACCUUGAACAAAUUCCUGUAGUAACAAAAUUAAACAUCAAACCCGUUUUGAAACCUACAGAUGGAGAAGUCUCUGAAGAAAUAAAAGAUGAAGUUCCUGUAGUUUCAAAAUUAAAUAUUAAACCUAUACUAAAACCUAAAGAUAGUGAAGUAGAUUCUAGUAUAGAAGGUAUCCCUAAAGUAACAAAGUUAAAUAUAAAACCAAUAAAACACCCUGAAGAAAAAUCUUCAGAACAAAAAGACUGUGAUGAAUGGAAUGCAGACAGUGAUGAAAAUAGUAUACCUGUUGUUACUAAACUUAAUAUUAAGCCUAUAGUUAAGCCACUAGAAGAAGAAAAUAUGAAAGAUACUGAAAACCAAUCCUCUGAAACAGGAAAUUCAAGUGACGACAAUACUGAUAUACCUGUUGUUACUAAAUUAAAUAUAAAACCUAUUUUAAAACCUGCAGGUGAAGGAGAUAUUGCCAAACCAAAUACUUCAACAGAAAGUAACAUACCUGUUGUUACUAAACUGAACAUCAAGCCUAUUAUAAAACCAGAAGAAAAUGCACAGCCUUCAUCUCCUAAGAAGGAAAUUCCAGUAAUUACCAAACUGAACAUCAAGCCUGUUGUUAAACCUGAUGAAAUUGAACAGUCCAAAAGCAGAGACACUGAAGAUGCAAAUGUGAAGAAUCCUCCAUUAGUGAUGAAAAUUAAUAUGAAAGCUGUUACGGAUGCAUCAAGUGAUGAAAGUUUGAAGGCUGACAUGAGAAUGAAUAAUCUGGAUGAGAAAAUUGAACAUGUUUAUAACAAUAUUAAUGAUAGCAUACCUGUUGUAUCCAAAAUUAAUAUUAAACCACUUAUCAAACCCAUAGAAAAUGAACAGCUUAAAAAUGAUUUGAGUAAUUGUCAUAAUGAGGACUCCAGUAUAAUUCAAGCUACAGAAAAUUGUCUGGAAGUCCCAAAGACCGAAAAGAUUAAUUCAUUGCAUAAAAAAGAAACAAUACCUGUCACUGGUGGAGAUCGUAAAACAACAAAGGAAAAUUGUCUUCCUAACGAAUCAAAGACCAGGGAAACUCCUCGUAGUAAUGAUUUAGAUGGAAACAGUUCAGUUGCAGUAUCUAAUAAGAAAGAACAUGUCAAUACUAAUGUAGAACCAGAAAAUAAGGAGCCUAGUAAAACCACACCAUCUGUCAAGCAGACAACUUUAUCAAAUUGUACAUUAUUAAAGAAGUUGUUAGAGCACAAAAAGAAAGAUGUAGAUACAAGAGUAAAAGAACCAGAAGAAUGUGAUCCAACUGUGCCUGAAGAAACUAAACUAGCUCCAGCGGGCUCAACAAGCAUUUCAAAUUGUGACCAAAUUGAUAAAAAAAACUCAAAAACAACUCACGAUAAAAAAAGAAGUAAUUUACCCAGCCAGGAUGUACAAAAUGAAUCAACUUCCCUCACAUCAAAUGCGCAGUCUCUUAAUCGUUGUAGAGCAGAAAACGAGAGUGUAACAAAACCAUUAGAAAUUAAUAUUUCAGAAAAGAUCACAACUACAAGCUCUGGUCAAGAUUCUCCACGAAUUAUCUUGAAAAUCAAUAAGACUGAUCAUGGUUCUUCUGCCAAAAUUAUAACGGAAGACAUUAAAAAACCUGAAACUGUGCAAGACAGUUGUUCACCUAAAAAUACUCAAGAAAUGGUAAAUGACAAGCAAAGGAAAGCUAUUGUAAAUAGCAAACGAAAAGGACUAGCAGAUGCAUCACCAACAGUAGCCAUGGGAAAAAGGUUACGUAGUUCAAGGGUUGUUCAGGAGUCAGAUAAGUCUCCUCCCAUCAAGCGAAAUGCGGGAAAGAGGCCUCCUGUGGAAACCAGCCCUCCGCAGCAAAAGGAACCAGAACUCUCAGUAUUAGAAACAAAGCGGUUAAAGCUUGGACAGUUAUUAUCCAACAAGGCUCUGACAGUAACCUCUGUAAAUCCUAAAUCUCAAAAUGCAACCUCUGUUGCUAAAACUGGAUUGGAUUGUAGACAAACCACUAAAGUAGUCAAUCAUUCUAUGUUAAACAAUGAAAACUGUUCUAAAAAUGGUAAUUCUAAGCUUCAUAAUAUUCUGUCCAAUUUACAAGCCAAGCAAAUUCAGGUCAUGCCUCUAAAUUCCAUUAACUGUGUAGAAAAAACUCAGUCUAUAGAGAUAGACUCUAGCACAUCAACUGGCAGCUCUGAUGUAACUGAAGUUAUAGCAAUUGAACGAUCGCAUCCGGAAGUACAGGAAAUGAUAAUUAAUGAAAAUUAUGAAUCCCACGACUUCAACAUGGCCAAUGAUGAAUUAUCUCAAGAUCCUUUAGAAGUAGAUCACUUGAAAACAAAUGAAGUAUCAAGUGCUGUAAGCGUUCCGUUUACCCCGCAACCGAAGAAGCGUGGCAGACCACGCAAAUUACCCGUGUCAGAGGGUGCAAAACCUGUUAUCACUUUACCAACCCCUGCUCUAGAAGAACGACCACAGCGAUCUUUAAGAUUAACUAGGGAUCGGCCAGCUAUAUUAGUAAAACCUCGGGGAAGGGGAAGGGGUCGUGGCGUAAAGCGCACUCUGGCGUCACCGCGCAAAGAACCUGAACCGAUUGUCGAGACUGCCACAAACUUUUUUAACAAAGAGGACAAAACUCCUGAAGAGAUUGACCCGACUAGCUCACGGGUGAAACUGCCGCGAAUGACCGAGGCACUUGAUAAAAUGCCUUCCGUUUGCACGACGCCCCUGAGCAGUCGAAAGAGUAGAGAUUCCUGCAGCAGUGUGGAUAUGAAAAUAUUCCCAGAAACUCAGGAGUUAAAAGUUGUAUUAGAGACGACACUGCCUAAAUUGGAAGACACGUUUAUGAAGUCUCCGGAAACGCCAGGGAGUGAGGGUCGGGGCCGAGGAGGGCGCGGGCGAGGCAGCCGCGGCGGCCGGGGCCGUGGUGCCGCCAAGACCCCUCGCGGCCGCGGCCGGGGCCGGGGUGGUGGUCGCGGCGCUAUGUACAUGAAGGAGACAAUGGGUAUUUACGGACGUGUAUGUGGACCUGCUACCACGACGGUACAAUUAUUCGAAGAGGAAACUUGUAUGAUGGAUGACAAUGCUACUCCUGCUAAACCCUCGCACUUGUUAGACGAAGACUCCCAGAGUUCUGUAAAAAGCUCGACAAACGAAAGUAGUAAUAAAAUGAGGAAAUCAAAGUUCGCAGAUUUGUUUGACAGCAAUAAAGUUUGGACGGCUGCUGAUGUCAAAGAAUACAUGUGGCCUCCUCCUGAAAAUCCAAGUCCUGAGCAUCAGGUGAUGAUGGUUCAAGAGCAAGUAGCGAUGUUCCUCGGCGUGAAGAGCUUCAAGCGACGCUACCCUGAACUGAAGCGGCGCACUGUGGGCGGCGAAGAGCGUGACCACAUCCUACGGAAAGGCAUUGUGACUGAGGCUCUCUGCGAUCUUGGCAUCACAGCAGUGGACGCCAGCGAAGUCCUAGACAUCAUGCUGUCGGAUUACCCCCAUAAGUACGAAGAAUACCGGUCGCACCAGCGCGAGCGGCAGAUCGCCGUCGCACAGGAGCCUCCGGAGAAACCUGAAGUGAGAGUGGACCGGGUCGAGAUGAAGAUCUCGGACAAGUCUUCUGAUAAGCCGGAACCGCCUAAGAUUGAUCCGGAGAAGACUCGACAGGACAUGGCGGCAGCAGCGAUAGCGUCAGCGAGCGAGUGGAACACGCGGCUCAACUCGCUCCGGCGAGGCGCGUGCGCCGACCUGCAGACCAUGACCGUGCAGCGGCGCAGGGCUCCGCUGAAGAGCCCGGGGACGCACGUGGAGCCCCCGGCCGGCUUCUACCCGCACGCGUUGCUGCCGGGGCAGUACCAGCACACAUACCGGUACUAUACUCCGGAGCAGUUGAGAUAUUUCCCGCUGAACACGGUGGUGGCCGCGCCGCCGGCGCCGCCGUCGCCGUGCGAGUCCAGCUCCGAGUCGGAGCCCGACUGGGGCUCCAACCUAGACUCCAGCGACGACAACAGUCGCCACCAGCCGCCUAAGCGGAAGAAGCUGAUGAAAGUGAAGCGAAGCAGCAGUGUGGUGGAGCCGAAAGAGGAACCCCGCGACGAGGAGUUGUGUCGCGCCUGCCACCUGCGCGAAGAAGGCAACCGCAAGUACUCGCACGAGCGCUUCCUCGUCUGCGCCAACUGCAACUGUCGCCUACACCCGCACUGCGUGGAGCUCCCCGCGGAUACGAUCCGCAAGGUGCGCGAGUACGCGUGGCAGUGCGCCGAGUGCAAGACCUGCUGCGCCUGCGCGCUGCCCGCCGACGACGACAAGAUGCUGUUCUGCGACCUGUGCGACCGCGGCUUCCACAUCUACUGCGUCGGCCUCGACCGGGUACCCACCGGGCGGUGGCACUGCGUGUCGUGCGCGAUCUGCAAGUCGUGCGGCGCGCGCGACCCGCACGGGCUGGCCACCCCCGCCCCCGCCCCCCCCGCCCCGCACGGCGCGGGCGCGGACUGGCACCACCAGACCCGGCGCGGGCCCGGCGGGCACAAGCUCUACUCGCACUCGCUCUGCACGCCCUGCGCCAGGGCGUAUCGCAUCGGUCGCUACUGCCCGCUGUGCGACCGCUCCUUCAUCGGGCCCAAGGGGACCAUGCAACUCGUCAUAUGUAAGCUCUGCGAUAGACAGCUUCACCAAGACUGCGUUAGGCAGACGGUGGCGGCGCUGAACGUGCUGGACUACACGUGCGGCGAGUGCCGCCGCGCCGGCAUCGCGUCGCGCUCGGCGGCGGCAAGGCUCGCGCCGCGCACCAUCGCCACGCUGUUCAUGGCAAAGCGACGCUUCAACAAGUACGCGCACCGCCAGUACCUGGCCUCCCGCGCGCGCGAGGCCGGCGCCGAGGCCGAGGCCGCGCCCGACCUCAGCUCCGACCCCGACGACCCGCAGCCCUUCGAGGACUGA